AUGUCACAGGAACAUUUAGAUAGAGAAAUGGACAGGAUUUAUAACGCUGCACAGGAUAAUUUAGAUUCAGAAACCGACACGUUGGCAUCUAGCAAUGUCGGUUCAGACACAUAUGAAGCACUCCGAGAGAAGUCCGAUUUCCACCCGAUUCCAAAACUGACAGGCAAAUGUGUCAAGCGUUUUCCUCAAGCGAUUAUAAUCGGUAUACAAAAAUGUGGAACUUAUGCAUUGUUGUUCUUUCUGGAUAAACAUCCACAGAUUGCUGGAUGUCUUCAUCCUCCGGAGCCAAGGUUCUUUGAUAAAGACCCAGAUGCUGACGUAAGCUACACAAAUUAUUUAAAGGGACUCUCCAAGAAAUCAGUUGUGCAAAGUGCUGGGGUUAUCAAAUGGAAGAACAGCUUUGAUAAGUAUAAAGAGAAGAUGCCAUGUAGUUUUAAACAGCAAAUAACAAUAGAAAAAGAUCCUGCAUAUUUUUACCAGGAAUUUGUUGCUAACAGAAUACAGCAGUGGGCGCCUGACAUUAAACUGAUUUUCAUCGUGAAAAAUCCGGUUGAAAGAGCAAUUUCUGCGAUCGCAAUGUAUCGGGCAAGAUCAGAAAUUGACAAGAAUAAAACGGUAGAUGAUAUAGUUUUCAAACAAGGUGAUCACGGCAAGAUGACCGUUAACGAAGAAGCGGUUUGUAACGUCACCAAGUAUUCCGACUAUCAAUAUUAUAUGCGAGGCAAGGGCCGGAAGCACCCAUAUGUUAGUGAAGGCACGCUAAAUACGCUUAAAGAAUAUUUUGCUCCGAAAAACGCAAAGUUUUUUAAAAUGGUGAAUAAAACAUUUGAUUGGGAAUGA